UAAGGUCACCGCGUCGCCUUACUCUGCUUUGCGCCUCUUUUUGUCGGGUGCACAUCUCCGAGUUAUAUACUGCUUUCAACCGUCAAAUUGGCCUCCAAAGAUCGUAGUUUCUUUACUCUAUACCCGCCCCAAUGCUCCUCAAACCUUACCGAACCAGCUCAAUCGACUGGAAGCCCUCUCCAGUGGUUCGCCCUUGCUACCAGCGAGACGACUCCCAGGUUGCGGCCGCUCGUGAGGACGGCUCCCUCGAGAUUUGGCUUGUGUCUCCUGGCUCCGUUGGAUGGCACCAUCAACUGACUAUUCAUGGGGAUUCUACUCGUCGAGUUUCUUCGCUUGUGUGGUGUUGCGUUGGUUCAAAAGGUCUGUCUUCUGGCAGGUUGUUCUCCUCGAGUAUCGAUGGCUCAGUCUCAGAAUGGGAUCUUUUUGAUUUGAAGCAGAAGAUUGUGCUAGAGUCAGUUGGGGUUUCAAUCUGGCAGAUGGCUGUGGCACCUGUAAAUAGACUGCCAGCUCUUAAAGAGUCUAGGUCUCAGCAUUUUGGAAAUGGAUAUUUAAAUGAUAAAUAUGAAUAUAAUGAUAGUGAUGAUGAUGAAAGCAGUGACAGUGAAGAUGUUUCAGACUCGGAACAAGUUCAUAAGAAACUAGUUAUGGAGUACAGACCUGUAGCAAUUGCCUGUGAUGAUGGAGCUGUGCGGAUAUACGCAAUUUCUGAUUCGGAUAAGUUAAUCUACCAUAAAUCAUUGCCUCGGGUCAGUGGACGCGUUCUAAGUGUGGCAUGGAGCCACGACUCAAGUAGGAUAUAUUCAGGGAGUAGUGAUGGGUUGAUAAGAUGCUGGAAUGCUGAUUUGGGUCAUGAAAUUUUCAGAAGUACAGUUUCUCUUGGAGGUUUGGGCAGUGGGCCUGAGCUUUGCAUAUGGUCAUUACUUUCUUUAAGGUGUGGAACUGUUGUUAGUGCAGACAGCACUGGCUCUGUUCAGUUUUGGAAUGGUAAUAAUGGAACUCUUCUCCAGGCACAUUGUAAUCAUAAAGGUGAUGUAAAUGCCUUGGCAGCAGCUCCAAGUCAGAACAGGGUGUUCUCUGCUGGGUCUGACGGACAGGUUAUUCUUUAUAAGCUUUCUAAUGAGACAUCUGGUAAUGACAAAUCUUCUUCUGAAAUGAAGAAAUGGGUAUAUGUUGGUUAUGUAAGAGCUCAUACCCACGAUGUCAGAGCCUUGACAAUGGCAGUGCCUAUCAGUUCUGAAGCAUCUUUAUUAGACGAGGCAAAAGACGUGCAAGAUGAAAAUGGGAAAAAGGUAAAAAGAAUUCGACGUCGGGAGAAGAAGCCCCUUGAUUUUAGUUACAGUAAAUGGGCUCAUUUUGGAGUUCCCAUGCUUGUCUCUGCUGGUGAUGAUGCAAAGCUCUUUGCCUACUCUGCUAAGGAGUUUACUAAGUUCUCGCCACAUGAUGUUUGUCCUGCACCUCAGAGAGUUCCAGUACAACUGGUCAUUAAUACAAGUUUCAAUCAAGCUUCUUUCCUCCUGGUCCAGGCUUCUUAUUGGUUAGAUAUUCUUUGUGUUUGUGUUCCUGAUGUGGGUUCUGGCCCCUAUGAUGGUCUCGUUACCACUAAUUUAGUUGCUCGGGUUAAGAGUAAGGCAUGCCGAAAGAUCAUUUGCAGUGCAAUGUCUAACUCAGGGGACCUUUUUGGUUAUUCUGACCACAUCAGACCCAGCCUAUUUGCACUAAGUAGGCAAGAUGGCCAAAGUACGUGGACCAUCACUAAAAGGCAACUUCCUCAGAAACUUCCAUCCGCACAUUCUAUGAUUUUUACCUCUGAUGAGUUACGAUUGCUUAUAGCAGGCCAUGAUAGGAGGAUCUAUGUUGUGGAUUUGGAGAGCUUAAAACUGCUGCAUACCUUCAUACCUUGUCGUGAGGAGCAUGAGAAGGAAGGACCACCUAGUGAGCCUCCCAUAACAAAAUUGUUCACGAGUUGUGAUGGCCAGUGGUUAGCUGCUAUCAACUGCUUUGGAGAUAUAUACAUAUUCAAUCUUGAGAUACAGAGGCAACACUGGUUUAUAUCAAGAUUGGAUGGUGCCUCUGUUACAGCUGCUGGCUUUCCUCCUCAGGACAACAAUGUGCUUAUUAUCACAACAUCUUCAAACCAGUUCUAUAUAUUUGAUGUCGAAGCUAGGCAAUUGGGAGAAUGGUCAAUGCAGCAUACAUUUACUCUUCCCCAAAGAUACCAAGAAUUUCCUGGGGAGGUUAUUGGGUUAUCUUUCUGCCCCACAUCCUCCUCCCAUCCAUCAAAAUCGUCAUCGCUUGUUGUUUAUAGUACCAGGGCAAUGUGUUCAAUUGACUUUGGGAAGCCAGUGGAUCAAGAUGAGGAAAGUGAGUUGGUAAAUGGAGCCUUGUUGAAGUUUCAAGGUUCUCUCACAAAUAUGAAAUGGAAACAUUGGUUGAGAGAGAGUCAAACAGAGUCUAAACAUACUAGUAGAAAGAGUAAUUUUGAUUUAAUUGUUUUCCGGGACCCUGUGUUAUUUAUUGGACACCUUUCAAAACAUUCCAUCUUGAUCGUAGACAAACCCUGGAUGGAAGUGGUUAAAACUUUUGAUGCUCCACCUGUUCAGAGACAUAUUUUUGGGACAUAACUGCUUGUGGAAGAAGGUUUGUGGGAGAAUUCAAAAUGCAGCUUCCCCUCUAUGGAGUCCCGCUUAUAGUGUUAUUUGAAACGGGGACGGUGGGGGGUUUUGGGAUCAAAGGCAAAGCAUGUUGUGUAUUGUAUUCCUCAAUUUUUGUAAACGAGCUAAAUUGAUUUUCCUUCCAUCUGUGAUAGCUUUUUGAGCUGAUUUAAUUUGU